AUGCCAGCAAAAAAGAAGGCCGAGAAGAAGGAAGAACAAGUUUUCGUUGAAGAGCAAGGCAGUUAUGUACAUGAGGAACAGUCUGCCCGCUACGUUGGAGGUGUACGUCGGUUAACUGAAAGUACCUACCGCUGUCGUCAUGGCCACGGCAUCUUCACAAGUCCACUGAUUCGCUACGAGGGAGAUUGGCAAGAAGACGAAAUGCAUGGAAACGGUAAAUUACAGUUUUACACAACAGGCGAUAUGUACUGUGGCCAAUUUGUGCGUGGGAUGUUUGAAGGCAACGGCAUCUACACAUGGAGCUCCGGAGCCUCUUACGAUGGCUCAUGGCGUGGCAAUCGCAUUCACGGCCUUGGCACCUACACAGAUGCGAAUGGUAAAGUCUGGCAUGGGAAGUAUUAUAAUGGCUGCGGGCCGGGGCUCAUGCCGUUUGCAGGCGGUCCAUCCAAAAUGGAGGCAGUAGAGGCACAGCAACAGAAGAUUGCUGCGGAUACCGCAGGCUAA